AUGAGCUGGCCUUUUUAUAUCGCAGGGGCUUUAAUGCUCCCGAACGUUAUCACACAAACAAUAUUGUUAGUUAGGAAAAAGAAGUUGGGUUCGUCAUCAGCCCUAGCAAUCUCUUAUUUAAUGAAUAUCGGCUGGGGAUUACUGUUUUCUCUUAUGACAGAUAACAAAACAAUACAGAAGAUAUCUUUUUCAUGUCUUGGCAUUGGUGCUAUCCUAAUACUUGUUCCACUUGAUCAAUGCAUUUCUACAUGGUUUGAUAAAUGGCAUUGCAUAAUGUUCGAAAUUAUCAAUGGACAACAAUCGAAAGAAGAAUUUAUCAAUACAAUAUGUACAAACCGAGCCCAGCCAGCAAGAAUUUCUGUUUAUGGAUUUUAUUCUUAUAAGCAUAUUCACAAAAAAAGCGGCCAUAGUAAAACGGUAUGGAGUACACCAUUUUCUAAAAGAAUUGUUAUUCCAUACAAAUCUUGGCAAGAAGAUUCGAAUCCGAUUCGCGUAAACGAAACCGAAAUCAUGCAUACAAUGUGUGGAUAUGAAUUCGAACUAGAUGAUGAAUUGAAGGAAACUAUAAACAAGGUUCGCUUAGAAUUAUGGAAAAAAGUUCAUAAUAAAGGAGAUAAGAAUGGAGUUUCUGUACGUAUUAGAAUUCCAGAUUUACAGCAAAAUGCUGUAGGAUUCUUUGGAGACGAACCUCCUACCGUUAUGAAGUUUUAUCUCUCAUGUGGAGGAUGUCUGUUAUGGUUAUUGACAGCUUUAGCAGGUUAUCAAUAUCUCUACGAAUACAUUUGGGCCGUAACAGGUGUUGAUAUGAAAAUCACUCUUGUCAAAAAAUUUUCUUCGAAAGAAGGAAAAUAUCGCUGCAAGUUUGAGGAACUUGAUAAAAAAGCUGCACUUGAAACGUUCCGUAAAGAAGAUGGUAGCAUGUACCUUAAAGAAGGUUCAUUCGAAAUUACGCCAUUAGAACCUUAUGAUUUCAAUCCAAACUUUUACAUUUAUGGUACAACUCCACCUCAAAGAAAGGGAAUAGUUGAUAAUGUCGAAGAAGAGGAAGAGGAAGAGGAAGAAGAAUCUGAUUCAAAAAAGAAGAAGAAACAAUCGAAACAUCCUCCACAAGCUCAAGCAUCACCACCCCAACUUCAGGCCCCUCCUCCAGGAUUCCAACAAGCACCUCCGCCUCCUCAAGUUCAAGCACCACCUCCUCAGUUCCAACAAGCUCCUCCACCACAAAACCAAGUUCAAGCUCCUCCACCACCUCAAUCCCAACAAAUCCAGGCUCCGCAAAAUCAACCUCCUUCACCACAGGUUCAAGAAGAGCAAAAGCCAACUCCACAAGAACCGCCGAAACAAGAGCAACCAGUUGCCCCUCAAAGCCAGGAACCUCCGUCUCAACAGCCUCAAAGUGCCCAAAAUUCACAGCAAAAUCAACCUCAACAAAGUCAGGCACCUUCUCAACAACCUCAACAGCCUGGACAGUAUCCUUAUGGAUAUCCUCCACAAGGUCAGUAUCAACAAUAUCCUCCAGGCCAAUACCAGCAAUAUCCAUAUCAGCAAUACCCUCAAGCUCCUUAUCAACAGUAUCCAGGAUAUCAGCAAUACCCACCUUACCAACAACAAGGAUAUGGGCAGCCAUAUCCUCAACAGUAUCCAGGAUAUGGACAGCCUCAGCAGCAAGGAUAUGGACAACCUCAACAACAACAACAGUCUCAGCCUCAACAAUAG